AUGUUGGAUAAUCGACAUGUUGAUGUCAGUCGUCUAUUUAUUUAUUAUAAUAGUCGAUGCAUAGAUGGACUCGAUUCAGUCAAUAUGGAAGACAAUGGUACUCGUAUUACUAGUGCUAUUGAAGCAUUGAAGAAAUGGGGUUGUUGUAAAGAAGACACAUAUCCAUACAAUGAAAAAAAUAAAAAUACAAAACCUUCUCAACAUUGUUAUGAUGAAGGUGAAAAUUAUCGUAUAAAGAAAUUUAUGCAAAUCAAAGUUGAUUUAAAUGAAAUGAAAGCAUGUUUAGCUGAAAGUUAUCCAUUUGUAUUUGGCCUUCGAUUAUUUGAAUCUUUCGCGCAGGCUAGAGAUCAGUAUGGUCGAGUACCAAUGCCAACACUUUUUCCUCGAAACAAAGAUAAGAUGAUUGGACAACAUACAAUGUUGGCAGUUGGAUACAAUGACGAUCAUUCAUCAGAUUUUCCAUUGAAUAUUUCAAACAAUUUAUCGGAAAAUAGAAAUGAUCGCAGAGUUUUAUCAAAAGUCUCAGCCAACUCAUCGAAUGUUCUUCUUGAAGAAAGAACAGAAAUGAAUGCAAAUACACUUUUCAUUCCAUCGUCAGAAAUGAAAACGUCGAAAUCGAAGGAAUAUUCAUCUCAUUUUCUUUGUAAUGAAUUUAUUAUUUAUCGUGAGACAGAAGAAUCCAUUAAGUCGAGACUUCGUUGA